AGCACGCAAUAGGGAGCCACAGACUGACGUUUCAUCAACAGCCACGUACCGAGAGCAAGGAAGAGAGCCUAGCUUACUAUUACGAGAUAUACUUCACAACACCUAAGGCAGGCAACAGUUGCAAGUCCUGCUUAUUGAACCCAUAUGCUUUAAAAACUUCUGUAGCAGCAUGUCACAUAUUUGGCAUUCGGUAUCAGUAAUCAGCCUUACUGCAACAGUAUAAUUUGCUUAGCUGUUUUGGAAAACCGAUUUUAAUACCCGAUGUGACAUUUUCCCGUUUGGAAUGAUGUGGACCUUUCACGACUGUAUUGGAUUUGUUUUCUUUUUCAGUUUCUACAUUCAGUUGGGGUUUUCCUCUCAAGCAAAGUUCACCGAACUACCAACAAAUGUAACAGCAAAAGAAGGUCAAAACAUAGAGAUGUCGUGUGCUUUCCAAAGUGGAUUGUCACCAGUCUAUCUGGAGAUUCAGUGGUGGUUUAUAAGAACUCCAGAGGAACAAAUCAACGGUGAAGAGGUUGCUGAGACUCAGAUGGAAAUUGUACCAGCAAGAGAUCCAGACGACGAUGGAACUAAAAUAAGUACAGUAAAGGUACAAGGAAAUGACAUUUCCCAUAAGCUACAAAUUUCCAAAGUAGACAAAGAUGAUGAGGGUCUGUACGAAUGUAGGGUGACCGAUGCCAACUAUGGAGAGCUCCAGGAAUACAAAGCUCAGGCUUAUCUACAAGUAAACGUCAGCAGUAACUCAAGAAACAUGCAUGCACUGGAGUCAUCGCCUUUGCAUCUUCAGGAUGGAAAGUCACGCAGAAGCAGUAAUGCAGCUGUGGCAAACAGUGGAGGUAACUCUUACAACCAUCGUCUUCACUCCACCUCCAGUUCUCAGACAACAAAAUCCACAAUUCUCAAACACAGCCCUGCUUCAGGUGCGAGGAUAGCCACAAGCUACGGACUUGCUGUCCUGCUUUUUGUUUGUGGCUUUGUGAAGGGUGCUUUGCAAUAGUUUAAGUGCUGACUUUUUCCAAUAUCGCUUUCUCUUCUUAAAGCAAAGAGAAAAUUGCCUGCUAUUUUCACGGAGCGGACAGCACAGCUGACCAUAACUUCCAACCACUCUGCACCCAAUGCAUUCUAAUUAUCUACACCAAGAAGUCAAAAGAAGGGGAGAAACUAUUAUACUGAGCAUACAUUUUAAGCUCCCACAAUUAACGGGAACUGCUGUUGCCUUCUUCAGUAUUCAUGACCUUUCGCCUACUUUUUUUUUGGCAAAAAUUUACAGUCAUACCGUGAAAAAAAAAAAAAUAAAAAAAAAAAUGGUGUAUUAUAUAUUUAAAUGUGUGAUGAUUUGGUGAUGUAGUUUUCUUUCAAGAAACCUUGAACAGUGUAUUGCUUUCAUAUGCUGUUCCUGUUCAAAAAUUAUUCUAUGAUUUUUGCUUUUCUUAGUCUCUGGUAAAUAGAAAAAAAAAUGUGAAUACGUUUUGUAAUUCACAGCUUUACUGUGAAAUAUAUUUCAGUACUGGUUUGCAAUUUUACAAUGAUUGAUCCAUGUCUAUAUUCUGUGUUUAUUCCUUAAAUAGCACAUCAUUAUUUGUUUGGGUAACAAUAUUACAUAAUACAAAUUACUUUUUUCAGUUAUCACUGAACUUGUAUUAAAGUGUAUUUAAAAGUGGUUAAUACAGUAUUUAAAUCAUACAUAUCAAAUGAUUGCCAAAUGUCAUAUCAUGAGUGCUUAAAAAAAUGUACAUGAUAAUUUUCAUGUUAGAAAAAAUCUAAAGAGUUAAGUAAGCAUAACAUACUUUGUCUUUUUACACAAAUUCAGGGGGAACAGUAACAAUUGUGCUACUAUGUCUUUAUAACCUCCAAAUAAAUAUUAG